GAGAUAGCUGAGGCAGGGCCGAGCUGAACACUUCCUGGUUGUGUGGGGGCAGGUUGUAAAAGAGAGAGCAGGGCAGGCUGGGAGAGGAAAAAGAAAACUUUUCUGUUUGUCCCAAAACCUACUCAGUUAGAAAAAGCUUCAUUUAUACUAAAAGGCCGUUUCCUUGGGAGUGUGAAUGGUGCUCGUAUUUCACUUGAGGGAAAGAAAUGAAAGUGAAAGGCAAGGCCUGGUGACUCCAGCCUCUCCCACAAGCUGAGCUUCCUCCCCAAGCUGCCCGACUGCGGCCUCUCACCAUGGAUCUGCAAGUCACGCUGCUCCAGAUCUCUAACAAGCUAAAUGAGAGUGAGCUCAGCAGCCUAAAGUUCCUGCGCCGGGAUUUGGGCAAAAAGAAACUGGAGGGCGUCCGCAGCGCCACCGACCUGUUCAGCCUGCUGCUGGAACGGCAGGAAAUCUCCGGGGAGAACGUCGACUACCUCAUACAGCUGCUGGGCUCCAUCAAUCGGCAUGAUCUGGUGGCCGAAGUGGCCGAUUACAAAACAAAAUGCAUUGGCAGCACCGGGGCCCCAGGGACACAGGAAAGAGAUUCAUUGGACUACGCCUUUGAUGUCAUAUGUGAUAACGUUGGGCGAGACUGGAAAAUGCUGGUGCGGAGGCUGGGUGUCUCGGAUGUUACAAUCGACCGCAUCGUUGGGGCAAAUCCAAACAACAUGCGGGAGCAGCUGUAUCGGUGCCUGAGGAGCUGGAAGGACAACAUGGGGGAGCGUGCCAAUAUGGAGAACCUGCUCCAAGCACUGCUGAACUGUAAAAUGAAAUUAGUCCGGGAUAAGGUUCUAGAAAAGCAGAGCUCAGGCCAUUCAUAGGCAGCCCCUGACCAGUCUGGACAUAAUGUGAUAGGCCAGAGGCAACUUCCCAUUAUGACACAUGGGAGGGGCCUAACAUAUUUUGAAAAAUUGGCUACAAUGAUCUGAUUGGCUGGUAUAGACAAGCUAACUUAUGCACCUAUGUCUUCUAAUGUGUUUCAGAGUGCCCCAUGGAUAUCACUCUAUAUCGUGGGCCCUAGGAGGCCCAGUCAGGCACUAAAUGAAUUAUUACCCAAGUUACCAUUAAGGUUACAGGUACCUGUAAAUAUUACUGUUACAUAAUACAUAGGUGCCGUUACCCCUAGCAACUACCUGGAUCUUCAUUCUCUAAAUUCAAAGUUAAUUGCUGUGCAGUUGGGUACCCAUGUUAGUAAAUAAACCCUGUACUGACUUACCAAAGCAACUGGAACGUGGGGGCCCUAUUUAUAAAACUUUUUUCUUCUUGAUUUUUUUUCCGGUUUGCCUAGUAAUAAAAAUCUUUCAUAAAUUCUAUGAACAUUUGCAGAUUCCCAGGCAUUUCUAUUUUCUGUUUAUAAAGAACUUUGGAAUCA